AUGUCCUUGUCAAAGCUUGCGGCGUCUUACGGCCGGAGCUCGAGAACCUGUCGCCCAAGCAUCCGAACCUACGAUUUCUUCUCCUCCAGACCUCCGCGGUCCAGGUAUUUUACGCACAAGGCUUCGUUGCUCGUGGUGGCUCGACCGAUCCUCCGCCCGCAGCUGCCCUUCUUGUAUCCCUUCCCCCGUGGCAACACGCUCCAAACACAUGUCGGACGAUUCAUCUCGACCGAACGCAAACAGCGCUGGAAAGAACAAUUCUGGCGAUAUGUCCGGAUCAAUGCCUACCUGUGGCCAGCGGCUCUCCUGCUUACCAUCCUGUCCAUGGGCAUGGUGCACACCAAGCUUGAAAGAGACUAUCCCACACCCGGGGACUGGUCGUUCUGGAGUCGGUGGUGGAUGCGGGAAGCAAAAUUUACGGAGCUUGCAGACGGCGCCAAGGUGAACCAGAUUCUGACGGAUUGGGCAAAAGCUGGCCGGCUAUAUCUGAGCGUCCUCGAAAGGCUGGAGAAUGAAAAGGUGGAUGGCCAGUUUCUCAUCAAGCACGCGGAGAAGGCCUCGGACACGACCGAAGGGUUCGACGUGAAUGCGAAGAGUGAGCAAUGGCGCCGAGGGUAUCAUGAAGCCCUCAUGGGGGCUGCACGGGUGGCCGAACAUCUGGAGGGGAUGUGCAAGCUAAAAGGAGACACCGGAGGAGGCCGCGUGUAUCCCUGGGAGAGUAUCCCUUCACCCAACAAUCCACGACCGAAACCACUCCCGUACGACAGGAAAUACGGUCAUAUCAGCCCACCCACUUUUGAGGAAGUGGAAGACGCAUUUCCCCCUCCGGCUGUUUUUUACGAAAAGAUACUGAACACGAUUGGUUUUGAUACGCGGCAACGACUCGACGCAGCUCUGGCCUAUGCCGAUUGGUGUGAUUUCAAGGGAAACAGUAACGCAGCUGAGGCAAUGUACGUCAAAGCCGCCGAGAUUGCUCAAUCCGGUCUGCCGACGGGGACUGCGGAUGUGAUAGACGUGCAGUCGGGGUUGAUUCUCAAAGGGCGAGAAGAUGCCGUGAGCGACAACAUCCUGCGAGUCUGCACUGCAUUCGGAGUGCACCACGUCAGAGAAGGGAACGUCAAGAAAGCUCUUCCGGUGUUCCUAAGCGUUCUGCGAGCCAGGAAGACUCUGCCUGCGUCUCCCCUUGGCCCAGCCAUUGGACCGUCAAGAGUCAAACCGGAGAAGAAGGAUGACAGUUGGUUGUCCUACGUAUAUGCUUUGAAAGACCUAUUGGUCGAGAGGCCGUAUCCUCCACCUCCACCUACCGGUAACGAAAGGCCAUAUCACACCUUGAAGGAAGCUUGUGAGGAGGUCGGACUCAUGACAUACAUUGGCGAAAUCCUGUUCGCCACAAGUGAUAGCGAACGAGCAAAAGGCCUCAGCUGGACCAGAGACAGUGUUGAAGCCGCCGAAGCCAUCAUGUGGGUCAUGGACGAACAGAAGGAGCAAGAUGGAAGGGAUCGAUGCCGCGAAUGUUUGGAAACCGGCCUCCAAAACUGGAAAGCCAUGUCCCAACAGAUGGCGCGACUUGCGGCGAAAAAGGAACAAGAAGUCGAGAGCAGCAAGGGGCUGUUCGGACUCGGUCUGGGCAGAACACAACAGCUAGAAAAGGCUCGAACGGAGAGAAGGAGAUGGGAUGAAGAAAAUCUACAAGUUGAACUGCGGAGGCAGAAGACUCUACCACUCCUGCAAGAGCCACUGCAGCCCACUUCUGGAGGCUGGCUGUCGACCCUUCUUCCGGCCCAGCAAUCUUUCACUGUCACCAUCACCAUCGCCCGCAUCUCUCUCGUCUCUCCUCCUCGUCCGCCUUCUCCCAACGUUGAAGACCUCGAAGCCGGCGCGGCUCUCCUAAUUCUUGUCGCCGUAUGGUUUGUCAUGUGUACAUUGACUCACUAUGGCCUAUUGCCUGGCCGCUACCUUGGUCUCUCGGGCUGUAUCAACGUCGAAUUUGGCUACAAUCCAUCCACCGCCUCUAUCCCAGCCUUCGAGCCGCCCGAAAACUCCACCUAUCGAGCACCAGACACAAUCGAUACCUUCCAAAACUACGCCUGGCGAAAUCACAGCAAAUGCCAAAUCUCCUCUCUUGACCUACAUGCAGCCUUUUCCCCCUUGUGUGCCACACGAGAGGACUUCCUGCAGGCCUUCUCUGGAGGAGGGCGGAUUGGAUUUGAUCGCCCUUUCAUCCCACUUGCAUGCGACAUGCGCUGGUUCACUACAGAAGAAGUCUGCGAGAUUUUCUCGCGAUUCGAAAGGGUCAUUGUCGUGGGAGAUAGCAUGAUGAGACAUGUGGUGGGAGCGUUGAACGUGCUCCUACGCAAAGAUCUUGGAUAUGGCGCCGUAACGAACUGGAAUUUCAAUGAACAAGAACUACAGGACUGCUUCUGCAACCACCAGAUGGACGUCAAAUCCUGCUCCGUCCAAGGCAUCUUCUCCACCUCCUCCGUCCAGGAACACGAUCCGUCGAGCCUGGCCUGUCCGCCUGAUACCCCUAUCGACCUUGUGAUCGAGAUGAUGCUGCGCUUCCCACUCGACAGCGGCGAAGUCCAGCGCUACCGGGACCUGCUGUCGCCCACCAAACCGGCCAAACCGUACGCCUUCAUCUUCGGGCACGGCUUGUGGAACGACCUCGACCUCGGGGCGACGUUGAACUGGCUGGACGGCAUCCUGGAGCACACGCUCCUCCAGGCCCCCUACCUUUCGUCGUCGGCGGCGGCCACGCCGACCCAGCGCCACGCGCACUCCAUCUGGCCGCGCCUGUUCAUCACGCCCAACGCCGCGGGCAUCCGGAAACCCGACCAGUGGCUCGUCAGCCAGGGCGACAAGGCGCUGAUGAUCUUCGAGGAGGGCGUGCGCGUCGAGGUCGCCCGCCGGGGCGUCGAGGCCAUGGGCACCUGGAACAUGAGCGUGCAGGCCGAGAAGUACGACGGCGUCCACCUAGACUUAAAGGGCAACUUGGUCAAGGCCAUGGGGGUAGUCAACUGGUUGAAUCUGGUGGACGUGGCGGCGUGGUGA